UCUUUGGUGUGCCGGCGUCCGUAGAGUAGGAGAACACGCGCGUAUCACACGUCCCGUGUCCCCGGUACCGCGGCGAACAGCCCGCCAGUUUUAACUCGUGUGUUGCAUCGCGCGCCAAAAUUCAAUAUAUUAUUAUAAUAAUAAUCGAGUGUUUAAUUAUAAACCGUAACCGCGUGCGCCGUGCGUGUACGUAUCGUCGUAAUUGUUAAUUUUUAUUAUUAUCAUAAAUAAUAUUAAUAAAACGCAUUCUUACCCGAGGUGUCCGCGACCACGUUCCGAGUCCAGUGAAAAUUUUUUUUAAUUGUUUUUCACCCUCGACGAACGUGAAAAGACGCGAAAAGUGCAAGAUCGAAAUCUUAUCUUGUUCGCCGUGGUCGUUGUCUUCCGACCCAAUCUGCAAAUGUUCAAAUGACAGACGCGUGUAUAUUAUGACCACGAGAAGGGCAUAGCAAAUCGAGAUGACUCUGCCGUCAUCACGUCCCUUAUCCACUCUACUGGUGAUUACAUUGUGCUGCAACGCAGUGUUUGGCUUCAAUGUGGACGUUAAAAAUUGCAUCAGACAUCGGGGACCCGAAGGGUCUAUGUUCGGGUUUAGUGUAGCUCAGCACAAAGAGCAUGGUCGGUCAUGGCUGCUGAUCGGAGCACCGGAGGCACAGACGGCACAGCCGGGCGUCGAAAAGGGCGGCGCCGUGUUCAAAUGCGGCACGACCAGGGAGGACGAUUGCGAGCAGAUACCGUUCGACACGAGAGGAAACAACAAUUCAUCCAAAUGGAUUCAAAUAGACAGUAAGUCACGUCAAUGGUUCGGCGCCACCGUAAGGAGCUCCGGAGACAAUGGAGUAGUUUUGGCCUGCGCUCCGAGGUAUGUCUAUUUCACUAGCAAUGGCAACAAAAGAGAACCUGUGGGUUCGUGUUACACCACCUCAGACUUUACGACAGAUUUCGCUGAGUAUUCUCCGUGUCGAACGCGGAAUUGGGGUCACCAUAAACAGGGUACUUGCCAAGCUGGACUCGGGGCAUCUGUUUCUAAGGACGGAAAGCGAUUAUUCAUUGGUGCCGUCGGAAGUUGGUAUUGGCAAGGCCAAUUAUACUCAGUCAAUUCGUCAGCUCGAUUGCCGUUUUUACCGGCAAUACAAUAUAUCAUCGACGACAUCGACGAAGGCCAAUUUUACUCGCAAAACUUGUAUAGUCGACCGGAUGUACUUUCGACCAACGAGGGACCGCCAGCAGACGACGAUUCGUAUCUCGGGUAUUCGGUUGCCGUCGGUGCUUUUGGAUUUGGUUCGGAAUCCGGCGCUGCCGUUGGAAUGCCUAGGGGCGCAGGACUUUUUGGAAAAGUCCUUUUAUAUUCCACCGACCUAAUAAAUUUGUACAACAUCACUGGCGAUCAACUUGGUGCAUAUUUCGGUUAUUCGAUUUGUGUGUCAGACGUAGACGGCGAUGGUGGCGACGACAUAAUUAUCGGUGCACCGCUAUACAGCGAGUUUUCCAAAAACGACGGAUCCUAUGAGACUGGAAAAGUUUACGUGUACUUGAAAAAAGAGGGAUAUAAAUUUUACGAACGGAACACAAGAAUGGGAUUUAACUCAAAAUCUCGUUUUGGACUUGCUUUGAGUAACUUAGGCGAUAUAAACAAAGAUGGAUAUGGAGAUUUUGCCGUGGGUGCUCCGUAUGACGGACCCAAUGAAUUGGGCGCAGUAUACAUAUACCACGGAACUAAAACUGGCGUUCGGGAAAAGUAUUCUCAAGUGAUCAAAUCGGAAGACGUAUCCGUUGGAGUGAGACCUAUAUCGACGUUUGGUUUUUCGUUGUCAGGCGGAACAGACUUGGACAACAAUCAGUAUCCAGAUCUGAUUAUCGGUGCUUACGAAUCAGACAUAGCUUAUUUCAUGAAAUCUAGACCCGUAGCUCAAAUGACCACGUCCGUAUAUUUCAAGUCUGAAAAUAAGCAAAUAGCGCUGGAACGUAGAGAGUGUACGACCAGAGACGGUACUCUAGUCCCGUGUUUAUUUUUGUCCACUUGUUUACAAUAUACGGGAAUUGGCGUCGAUGAUCAACUGAAUAUUGAAAUGCAACUGAUACUGGAUGCUAAGAAACCAAAAUCUCCAAGAAUGUUCUUUUUAUUGGACGAAAACCGAAAUGUAUUGAACCAUAGUUUAACGUUAGAUAAGAAUGAUCAAUCUUGUAAGACAUUCAACGUUUACUUGAAGAACAAUGUUAGAGACAAGUUGACGCCAUUAGAAGCAGAGUUGAGAUAUAGAAUUAUUGAGGAGAAUAGAAAAUUUACUAGAACUCUAACACCUGUAAUAGAUCUGGAUAACGAACUAUUUGCCGUCUCUAGAGACUCUAUAAGUAUACAAAAGAAUUGCGGAGGAGAUAAUAUUUGCAUACCAAAUCUUCGACUUAUUGCUACACCGGACUCCGAAUCUUUCUUGCUAGGUUCAAAUAAAAAAUUAAAAGUUGACGUUAUAGUACAAAACGAAGGUGAAGAUUCUUUUGAGACCACUUUUGACAUGACUGUACCCCCAGGCAUCAAUUAUGUAAAAAUAGAAAGAGUAGAUAAUAAUGAAAACGAUAUACCUGUACAAUGUUCAGCUCCAUCAGAAAUUACAAACAACACUUUACAUUGUGACAUUGGAAACCCAUUGCCCCGAGAUAAAAAUGUACAAUUUAAAGUUGUUUUGGAACCAUAUCAAACUACUGAAACUAAGGCUAAAUACGAAUUCAACAUGGUGGUGAACAGCACAAAUCCAGAACGUUUUGAUUCCAUAUCAGAUAACACCAAAUACUUAGGGGUACCUCUUUGGGCGGAAACCGAUUUGAUUAUUGUAGGAUCGUCAAAACCUGUGGACGUACAUUAUAAUAUAACGAUGGAAGAAUCUCUAAAUAUUACCGACGAAAAGCAAAUCGGCCCACAAGUUAUUCACAUAUACGGGAUUCGUAAUAAAGGUCCUUCAGAUAUAUUAGAAGCUGAAGCUUAUAUUGACUGGCCCAUGUUCACAUUGGCAGGAGAACCACUGUUAUACUUACUUGAAAUGCCCGAAACAAAUGGACAGGUAAAAUGUGAAGCAAUUGAAGAAAUUAAUCCAUUAAAAUUAAAUAUCGAUCGUAAAAGGAAAUCGUAUUUUGAAUCGAGUGGUUUAAUCUCUAGCGGCUCAGGUGCGUCGGUCACUGUUAAGGGUUCAGAAAGUACUAGUUCGAGUUCUGCAGGUGCGGUCGUUACGAAAAUCAAAACGUUUGCGGAACUGACGGAGGAAGAAAAAAGACGUUUCAUGGAAAUCCAAAAGAAGGAAGAAGAAGAAUCGAAAUUGCAGUGGGGAGACGGUUCGUACGAACAAAAAAUUCGAUACCAAAACUCCAAACACGAAUCGAGCGGAACGACAGUGAACGGCGGUAUAAGCCAUAGUCGUAAUGAGGGUUCCGGAGCGACGGUCGUUACCGACGUCAACCGAGGGCCAAAAUUCAUGAUUGGAUCAUCGGAGAGCGGCGGAGGCGGAGGCGUAGUCCACAGCGAGUAUUCGGGAUCGAAGUCAACGAGCGUGGUGACCGGUGGUCAACGUGGCAGCGAAGUAUCCGGCACUUCGGUUGUUACUAACGCAAACCGAGGGCCGGCGUUCACCGUCGAGUCGUCUGAAAGCAAUGGUGGCGUAGUGCAUAACGAGUACGAAUCGAAGUCCUCUUCUUCGGGUUCCGCGGGUGGCGCGUCGAGUACGCAGGGCAACCAUUGGUCCGUGGCCGGUGGAGCGGAGAGUGACUCCCGGUACGGUUCAUCGUCCCGCGGUGUGUACGGCGCCGCUCACUUUGACGAGUCCGAGUCGUCGUCAGGCGGUUCGACUUUCCAGAUGGGUGCGUCGUCGUCCGGGGGUACGUCACGCGUCGAGACCGUGAACACAGAUUCUCGUUUUGCGGGAUCGUUUGAAAACAGCGCCGGAUCGGAAUCCCGUGGUCAGUCGUCCGUGACAGUCAUCCAGAGCGGAUCGGAAGCACGCGGCGGAUCGAAAGUAUAUAGUGGAUCGGAAGUACGCGGCGGAUCGGAAGUAUAUGGUGGAUCGGAAGUACGCGGCGGAUCGAAGGUAUACGGUGGUUCGGAAGUACGCGGCGGAUCGGAAGUAUAUGAUGGAUCGGAAGUACGUGGCGGAUCGAAGGUAUACGGUGGUUCGGAAAUACGCGGCGGAUCGGAAGUACGUAGCGAAUGGUCGUCCGGCGGUCAAUCGUCAGUGAAUUCGCACGGCGGAGCUAAUGGUUGGGAAACGUCUAAGUCGACCGCCGAAUCACGAGGAGAAAAAUGGUCCCGUGACAAUGGGGUCGGCACACAGUGGAAUCAGGGCAGCAGUGGCUGGCACCAGGGCGCUAAAAACUUCACAAAUUUCCGGGAAUCAGAAAAAAGCCACGUAGCCAACACGACGUGGGACGACUCUACAGGCGGUGGUAUGCCUAAGACGUACGUGACGGACCGAUGGAGGACCAACAACGACGGAGUAGUGCGCAACGGCAGUUCGUCGCACGUCGUGGACGGUGACGCGUUGGACUACCGUGACGCUGCGGUGCGCAGGAUGAACAUGGCGGCGGGAACGGGCGGCGUGACCAACGUCUUGGGCGGUACGACAGGCGACGACAGUGACCUGUCGAUCAGCCUGACCGGCGGCGCUGCAGUCACGGAAAGGCAGAACCAAGGAUUCAGACAGACCAAAGUGGACGAGUCGGAAACGGUGCAAAGGUGGCGGACGGUAGACGGAAAACUGUACCGCGCCAACGCGGCAGGCACAUGGGACACGUUGCACAUGACUUCCGACGGUAGUGGGUCGACAGACGUGUACGAAGCGCAGGAUUUAAGUCCGCAAAACUACGUCAAACCGACCGACGUCGACGGCAAGUUCAAGCUGUACACCCGGUUCCGGAGGGAUACGCAAACCAAGCGGUGUGGACCCACGAGGUGCGUGACCGUCAAAUGUAAGAUUGGACCACUGUCCAAGGACCAAGAGGUGUGGCUGUCGUUUAGGUCCAGGGCUUGGGUCAGCACUCUGAAAAAGGUGGCGCUCAACAGACCGGUGACGCUGAGUUCCACGUUAUCCGCAAAAGUCACGAAGCUACAAUACAUCGGCAAGCCGGAAAGUAAACUCGCCCAGGUCAGGAGCUACGAAGUGUUCACGGAAGUCAUCCCUCGAGACCUGGCUGUUAAACCGGACAUCAUUCCGCUUUGGAUCGUUGUCUUGGCCGCCGUCGCUGGAACGGCCAUCCUGUUGCUGCUCGUGUACCUGCUCUACAAGUGUGGAUUUUUCAAACGCAAUCGGCCAUCUAACGCACCAGAAAAACAACCAUUGACACACAGAAAUGGACAGGCAGAGCUUUAUCAAACAGGAGACGAAGCUUUGUAGAAACAUCCAACUUUUUUUCUGCUAAAAAAAAUAGAUUUAAAAAUUAAAAUAAAUAUGAUUGGAACUUAUAUAAAUCGCCACAUUAAACCACCUAACUGAUAUUAAUUUGUUAUAAUUUAUUUUGUAAAUAUUUUAAAAUAACUAUUAUAUAUUAUGUUUUUUUUGUAAAUAGUAUAUAUACAUUUGUUUUAUUUUCUUACAUUUUGAAAUAAUAAUGUAAAUUUUAGUCUUAUUGUAAAUUAAAUUAUUAUAUGAAUCUAUUAAUUAAUUAACUGUACUUAAACCUUGAGAGUAAUUAUUUUUACAAAAAUGAAUUAAAUAUAUUGUUUUAAAAUUAUAACGCUCUAGUCUAAAAAUAAAAAUUGUAAAUUGAGUUGCAUUUUCAUUUUUUACAAAAUUAACAUUCAGUUGUAAAAUUGAAGUUUUUAACUAUGACUUAAUAAGAUAUCAAUAAUUUAUGCUUGUGAAAUUAAACAAUUAUCAAUAUUCAAUUUACUUAUUUUAAUAAUGACUGAUAAUUUUUGGUUUAUUUUUAAUUGAAAAUAAAUUAUGAAGUGUAAAUAAUAAA